AAUUUUGCGCCGGUCUGUACUUGACAGCAAACGAGAACGAGUGGGAGUGGGAGUGAGCGUUGACCUGGCUGUACUUUGUUCCUCCAAUUUUAAGUUUGAACUUGCUUUGUUGUCUCCUGUUUUCUUAAAGUAGUGAAGGGAUUGGAAGAAAUCAUCAGUAGAAAUGACUGCACCAAGUAAUAAUAAACUGAAGGAGCAGAUCCGUGAUAUUCUUCUUCAGCAUGACAACUAUGACAACUGCCCUGAAGAAAUUAACAAUGCUGCAAGUCAAGAUUGCCUCGAGAAAUUAGCUGCUGGCCUCAUGACCUUUUAUGAACCAGAGCUGAAGCGUUUCAGAGAACAAUUGGCAGAAGUUGUGGGACCCCCUGAAUCUCCACCUUGCAUAGGCAGUUCCAACCUGCAGGCCCUGCUCAACAUGCGGAACAAGCAGAAUACUCUCAUCGAGCAGCUUCAGGAUGAAAACAAGAGAUUUAUGGAGACACAAAAUGCUGAAGACCUUCAAGGAAUGUUUGUAACGGUCAAGGCCUACCAAACGAAAUUGAUGGCAGUGAAGAAGGAAAUGACGACACUUCACGAUAGAGCUACCAAGAUGAAGAAGCGGGCAUUGAAACUACAACAACGGAAAGAAAAGCAAGCUCUUCAACGGCAGCAGCAAAGAGAGGCGCAGCUUCUAAGAGAACAAGAGCUUGUAGGGAAACCUUAUGUGCCCCAAGUCUCAUCUUCCCUCAGUAACUCAAACACACCUAGUUACCUGUCAAAAGUACUUGCAAAGAAAAGAAAUACACUCCAGAAACAUAUGUUUCUCACACCUGAGUUUGAGUGCAGUGUGCCGUAUGAUUUGACUGGAGGGGGUUAUGUGAACAACCGGUCGUUCAAGCGGUUGCAAUUCGAAUUUCAAACAGAAAAUGAAAGAAGUUUACCUUUACCUAAUUACACGGACAGAGGAAGAAUAGCGUACCCACCUACCGUCAAAAUAUUGCGAGACUUUAAAAUGGUCCUGGAGGUCGAUAAAGUUUGUCGUCUGUGUCUAGAACUUUCUACAAAUUCUAUAUUUUAUCCCAAGAAUGCAAAUGGACACUCAGCUCCUCUAAGCGCCGAUUUGAUAUCAAAAAUCUUCGAAUGCACCUCACUCAAGGUUGCAUUGGGUGAUGGAUUGCCAGAGUCUAUUUGUGGAUCCUGUUUGCGACUCAUUGACAAAUUUUUUCUGUUUCGCAAGAUGUGUUGGGAAGUUGAUAACAAACUCAAGCAGUAUUUAUUUAGUAACAAAGAGCAAGAACAUUUCUCAUCAUGUCCCACACCUGUUCGCCUUGAUGAUGAUCAAGUAGAUUUGCCUCUAGAAGUAAGAGAUAGGUGGUGUGAUACACCAGAUAUAAAAGGGGAAAGAAUCUCAUCUGACGAAGACGAAAUGAAUGGCAAUGAUUAUGACAAUGAUGAAUCUGACGAAGAUUAUCUACCCAGUCCAUCUAAAACUGCCAAGUCCUCAAAAGAAAAGUAUAACUGUGAUACAUGUGAUGAAUCUUUUAAAAAACUAUCAGACCUCAAAAAGCACAGUGAAAAUGUGCACUCUAAAGCUAAGAAAUCAAAACCAGUUAUGACAUGUAAUUAUUGCAACAAGCCAUUCAAGCAGCUUAAGCGUUUUAAAGACCAUGUCAAAGCCCAUGAAAAUCUAGAAUUGGAUGAUGAGGAUACUUGUGGUGAGAAGAGCCAAAAAUCAUUUAACGAUUCAGAUUCUGAUUCUCAAACUCGGAAUGCCAAUGAGAAAAAUGAAGCUGAAGAUGAAAACAAUCAGUCAUCUAAAGCUAAAUCUACUAAAGGGAAAAAGAAGAAGUUUCGCAAGGUGUAUGACUGUGAGUAUUGUGACCAAGUAUUUCAUAGUCAUGCCAAAUAUACUCAACAUGAACUUACUCACACGGGUGAGAAAAAAUACAAUUGCUCUGACUGUUCUCGUAGUUUUACACAUAAGCAUAGUUUAAUUGGCCACAUAAAGGAGCAGCACACUGGAGAAGUCAAUUUUACAUGUGAUGUCUGUGGACGAGGCUUUGUUCACCAGUCAACAUUUAAUAUCCACAAAAAAACACAUUCCACAGAGAAGCCACUCAAAUGUCCUGAUUGUGGAAAGUGUUUCACCCAGAUGAAAAAUCUUAGAGUACAUCGUCAGAUUCACUCAGCAUCCCGCUCACAUACAUGUCAAGUGUGUGGCAAGAGUUUUAAUUUCUUGAAAACAUUAAAAGUUCAUUUAGUCUUACAUUCUGGUGAAAAACCAUAUGUUUGUACCUACUGUGGAAAAGGUUUUGCACAAUCAGCACCCCUUAAAACGCAUACUAGAAUUCAUACUGGUGAAAAGCCUUAUGAAUGUACUAUAUGCCCAUCUAGCUUUUCUACCAAUAACGCAUUAAAGUCUCAUAUACUUAAACACUCAGGGGAGGCACCAUACUCAUGUGAGGUAUGUAACAAAGGAUUCGGUCGUAAAAAGGAUAUGGUUGCCCACCAAGAGGAAGCUCACAAAGUUUAUAUUGGCCUACCUAAUCAGUCAAAUAAUAUAGUUUCAAUGACAACGCAAAACAGCAUGCCUGAUUCUAUUUUAAUUCAGCAGCAAAGUUGCCUGACUGUUCCACACUCUCUAACAACCAUGAUAAUUGUACCUGAUGGCACAGUGCCUGACCACACCAUAUCUCAUGUAGUAUCUCCUAUACCCCAUGAUUCACCUCCACCUCUGGCUCCUAUAUCAUUAUCACACCUCUCACAAAUUAGCGCACCAGUGCAUCAUCUCUCUCAACUCGCACAUCAUACACCCUCUCAACUUCAGCCCAUGACUCAUUCAGUUUCACCUCUCCACUCUCCUCCAACAAACUGCUUGCCCCAUCAGCCUCCUCACUACACUCCUCCUCCACAUGGUACUGAUCUACCUGGUACAGAUUGCAGCGGUGGAUAAGUUAACAGGCUGCUUGUCACUUCUUUUGAUGACUUUAUGUCAGGUUGUCUUUUUCGCUUGUCUUCCAAACAUGUCUUUGGUAUCUACAUACCAAACUUACAGUCAAAGAAUGUCAAAAUUACCGUGUGAAGAAAUUAGUUGUUUUAUCAAUCACCUUGGCCCUUAUAAUACCUUUAAGCAAAAAGUGUGUGUAAAAAUGUAUUUGUUUUUUCUAUUUUUUCAUAAUUAUGUUCCUACUUAUGUGUUAAGUUUGUUUGUUAUUUUGCUAAUCUUUUACCUAAAGAUGAUCUGAACCGUUGAUUUUUCUUACACUUGUAAAAUAAAUUCUUUGACUUGUUUGAGUUUUUACUCUGUUUUGUAAGCAGAGUUGUCAAUUAUACAAGUAGUUUGCUUUAACUGAAUACUAUGAGUCUGAUAUUAGGGUCUUUACUAACUUAUUAGUAUGGAUAUCCAAGCCCUUGUUUUUUUUUUUUGUUUUUUUUUUUUUGUAAAAGUUUAGAUUUUGUACAGAAUUUGUUUUGUAUUGUAUUUAGAUCCCUUCACUGCCAUGCUGCACAAGAUCCUGUGCUCAAUCUUCUGUUUUGAGCAGAAAAAUCUGCUUUUGCAGUGUCAUCUAGGGUUUAUACCUCAUUAGAAUUUAAAGAAUUCGAAUUUAGAGAUAGCCAGCUAACCUAUAGAGAAUAUUUAGUG